AUGCGAAGAUUCAAACAGCAUGUCAUCGGGAGCACUUGGGCUGGUCUAGCUUCGCUCGAGAAGAGGAACCCCAUGACCUGUGCUACUUGGAGGCACCGAAGACGACAGACAGCUGAACCCGUCUUUCACCACUUCGGCAAAGUUCAGGCAAGACGUCGACGCUGGAACUGGGGUACCCGCGUGCCGGUUUCGCUCAAUGACCCGGACGACAUGAAGGAGACGCUCCAGGAGCUACCCGACAUGAAGAAGACACUUCAUGAACAAGCAUGGAGCCAGGCCGCGACUGAAAGAGUUGGCUUGAAGCCAACUUCCCCAAACGUCGUGCUACUACUUACCUGCCUCCUCGAUCCACCAGCAUGCACGACUUACGGCCCCAUGAUCGGGUUGAAAUAUUGCGCUUCGAAGGUGGGCAGCGCAUCGACAUGUUACGCUGGCUGUGAUUCUCCAGGAGAUACCAAACAUGUCACCCCAUGGUUCUGUGAUCGAGUUCUCAAAGGCACCCAGACGAUCUGGGUUCUGUUCCGCGUUCACUUUCUCGGCAAUGGCGUCCGCAGGAAGAUGAUCCGCAAGCCUCCCGCGACAUUCCCGAAGGCACCCCCUCUCUUGGCGACGACAGUCGGCGCACUGAAGCCGGUGGUGUAUCUGCCAAACACGCAGCUCAGGGUAGAACCCCUGCGUCGCGUUGCGAAAGGAUGGCAGCACGCCGCUACGCCCGGCGCCGACUCAUGGGUGGUGGACAUGGUUGACAGACUCAUAGUGCCCGAAGGAGAUCUUGUAGAACAGGACUCGGCCGGGCUGGGCUAG